AUGCUCAUUAUCUUUUACUCCUGCACCAUAUACACGAUUUACGUGACUGUACUCAAAGAUGGAACCUACACGAUUGUCCUGCAGGCAGCCUGCUUUGUGAGUGCUGGUGUCCAGAGCAAUGUGAAGCUCAUCUGUUUCAUAACGCAACGCUUCAGAGUGCGAGAGGCGCAGACGUUUCUGGAUGAUACCUACAAGGGUUACGAGAACAGAGGGGGCAAUUAUCGGAAAGUGCUGUUGGCGAGUAUUGCGGCUACAAUGAAGGGCAUCAAGGCGUUUGCCUUCAUUUAUGUGCUCGUUGUGUUGGCCUGCUCCGGGUUUCCGAUAGUCUACAAUGCCCUUUACGAUGAAAGGAUUCUGGUAAUGCAGUUCCUGUUGCCCGGCGUGGAUCCUUCAACAACUGCUGGAUUUGCUUUACUAAGUGCUCUGCAUGUGUUCUGUCUUUGCUUGGGAGCCUUCGGAAACUUUGCCAGCGACAUGUAUUUCCUCACUUUCAUCGGCAGUGUGCCGCUCCUGAAGAACAUCCUACGUUGUAAGUUUCAGGAUCUCAAUGAGAUGUUGGACAGGGAGUCGCAGCCAACCAGCAAGCAAGUGAGAGAUGCCAUGAUGGAUAUUGUGAUCUGGCAUAAAGAGUAUCUCAGAUUGCUCUUCUGUACGUCCCGGAUAUUUUUUAUCAUCAUUUUUGCUCAUAUAUUUUGCUCGGCUGUGAGUGUUGUGACUACCGUUUACUGUAUGCUGAUUGGCGUUUGGCCCGCGGCUCCAUUUUUUAUGGUUUUGUCCCUAGCAAAUCUUUAUUUGUACUGCGGCUUGGGCACCGUUGUGGAUAAUUCGAAUGAUGACUGCGCUUGUAUCAUCUACACAAGUUGUUGGUAUAAACUCCCCAUAACGGAACAGCGCGUUGUGCUCCUCAUGCUGCUCAAGUGUCAGGGCACGGAAAGUCUCACCGUGGGCAGUAUGUUGCCUCUAACUGUUGCCACGGCGUUGAGCAUAACCAAAACAGUCUACAGCAUGCUGAUGUUGCUGAUGAGAGGACGCGAUUAG